AUGUCGUUCUCUAUCUCUCAGCUUAUAGCAGGGCGACUUGACUCUGACUGCAGUGGACUUCUAGUGUACACUCAGGAUGGGAGAAUCGCCAAGGCAAUUAGUGAUCGCUAUAGCUCUAUCCCGAUGGAGUAUGAAGUCGCUUUGAAAGCUCCCUGCACGGACGAUCAGAUGUCGAUGCUGAGCCAAGGCAUGCUCAUUGAUGGCAAACAAGUGGAGGGUUGCGAGGCUGCCAGGAUAAAUGAUAACGACGAUAAGUGA